AAGAAGAAAUCACGGAAUCGGACGCCAGAAGCGGGCAAAGCUUCCGCUGGCUUCAGACAAAUCUCAUCUAUGAGAGAGAGAGGAAAUCAGAUUCGCAGACAUAAACAGCGGAAACCCGUGCUUUCUCUUUCCAUCCCUCUCUCUAUAUAUACAGAUGUAAAGGAAGAAUGGUUUUGUUGAUGUGAACUGAACCAUGAGAGAGGGAUAAGAUCAGUUAUUUUCUCCGCCCGUCGUCACCUAUAUUAAGGGCUGCCCUUUCUGAAUCUCUGACUCUUCCCUCCAUUUUGCUUUGCCUGCCCUCGAUCAACCAAUGGCGUCACUCUCGGGCCUCUCUUCCUCGUCAACGCUAACAGCGAAGAAAAUCGUAAGCCGCUCCUCGCCCUCCAUCCCUACCACCUUUGCCUCGCCCGCAAAUCUUGCUGUUUCCGGGAUUUCUCAUUCUAUUUCUUCUUCCCGGAGGUUGUUUCUCCGACCACUAUCUGUCGCUCGCGACAUCCCGGCCGAGCUGUCGAAGGGAGAGAGCCUCCAGAAGGGCAAGAUGGAGGGCUUGCAGAAGGAUCCCACCGAUCUCUGGGAUCGGUAUUUGGAGUGGUUGUACCAGCACAAGGAGUUGGGGCUCCUACUGGACGUAAGCAGGAUUGGUUUUAGCGAUGAUUUCGUGGAGAAGAUGGAGCCCAGGUUCCAGAAGGCGUUUUUGGCGAUGCAGGAGCUCGAAAAAGGUGCCAUCGCCAACCCGGACGAGAAACGGAUGGUGGGUCACUAUUGGUUGCGCAGCCCGCAUUUGGCGCCCAACCCCUUUAUCAGGAAACAGAUUGGGGCGACCCUCGACGCCAUCUGCAAGUUUGCCGAUGACGUGAUCGGUGGUAAGAUAACAACACCAUCAGGUGGUCGCUUUACCCAUAUUCUCUCUGUGGGUAUCGGAGGAUCAGCUCUGGGGCCACAAUUUGUUGCAGAAGCAUUAGCACCCGACAAUCCUCCUUUGAAGAUAAGAUUCAUUGACAAUACAGAUCCAGCUGGAAUUGAUCAUCAAAUUGCACAACUUGGAUCAGAAUUAGCUUCUACUCUUGUAAUCGUGAUAUCAAAGAGUGGUGGCACACCGGAAACUCGUAAUGGUCUGUUGGAAGUACAAAAGGCUUUCCGUGAAGCUGGACUUGAUUUUUCCAAACAGGGGGUUGCUGUUACACAAGAAAAUUCUUUGUUAGACAACACGGCAAGAAUUGAGGGAUGGGUGGCAAGGUUUCCAAUGUUUGAUUGGGUGGGAGGAAGGACCUCCGAAAUGUCUGCUGUUGGUUUACUUCCUGCUGCUUUGCAGGGAAUCAACAUUAAAGAAAUGCUUGUUGGUGCAGCAAUGAUGGAUGAGGCAACUCGGAAUACUGUUGUGAAGAAUAACCCUGCUGCCUUGUUAGCUCUGUGCUGGUAUUGGGCUUCAGAUGGAGUUGGAACCAAGGAUAUGGUUGUACUCCCAUACAAGGAUAGCCUCCUCCUUUUCAGUAGAUACCUGCAACAGCUUGUCAUGGAAUCCCUCGGAAAGGAGCUUGACCUGGAUGGCAAUCAGGUCAAUCAGGGUCUUACUGUUUAUGGAAACAAAGGGAGCACUGAUCAACAUGCCUAUAUUCAACAGCUGAGAGAGGGAGUACACAACUUUUUUGUUACAUUUAUUGAAGUUUUGCGUGACAGGCCACCUGGCCACGACUGGGAGCUUGAGCCUGGCGUAACAUGUGGUGAUUAUCUCUUUGGCAUGUUACAGGGAACACGGUCAGCCCUUUAUGCAAAUAACCGUGAAUCCAUAACAGUCACUGUUCAAGAGGUAACUCCUAGAUCAGUUGGAGCGCUGAUAGCACUUUAUGAGCGUGCUGUUGGAAUAUAUGCAUCCCUGGUUAACAUCAAUGCUUACCAUCAGCCUGGUGUGGAGGCUGGGAAGAAGGCAGCAGGGGAAGUGUUAGCUCUUCAGAAAAGGGUUCUUGCUGUUCUAAGCGAGGCCAGCUGCAAAGAACCUGUUGAGCCAUUAACAUUGGAUGAAAUUGCUGAUCGUUGCCAUGCUCCAGACGAGAUUGAAAUGAUAUACAAGAUUAUUGCACAUAUGGCAGCAAAUGACCGUGCAAUUAUAGCAGAAGGCAGCUGUGGUUCACCGCGAAGCAUCAAAGUGUUUCUUGGAGAGUGCAACGUUGAUGAUCUUUUUGCGUGAGCUUCAUCAAAAUCUUGUGCCUUCAGAUUCUGUAGGACUUCAGCUAUGGGGAAUAAGUGUAGUGUCUCCAUGGUUUCUUUCUGGAACGGCUGAUAGGUUGCGAUUACGUUGUACAUCAAAUUGUGUAAGAGGCUUAUUUGUUGUUUUUCCCCCAAUACACUUGUUCAAUAUGGGCUUGAUAUUGAAGGAAAAAGGAAUCUGAGGCAUCAUUUUAGAUGUUCCCAUGUUAACUUGAAUUGGUGAAUAAAGAAAGUGGUUCUAAUUUUA